AUGCAAUUCACCACCUUCAUCUACACCGCCAUCAUGGCUGCCACCAGCAUCAGCGCACUUCCCAACAUCGAAGCCCGUCAAGCAGAUGUUAUUGGAAGGGCCGACGUCUACCCACGCACUGGCUGCCAACCACGUUUUAACCCCUCUGUGCCCCAACUUGGUCUUACUGCUGGGGGCAUCUGCAACCAGUUCCCAGCCCCCUCUGUUGCCGUCAACGUCACAGCUCUCAACAACGGCUGCACCCUCCUGCUAUUCACAGACUCUGGUUGCGCCAGCAGCUCUGUCAUCACGCUUCCCACCCCAGGGACACCGGCGGGUGGUCUCAAUCAGUGCGAGGAAGGCGCCCCCGGUAUUCACUCCUACAAGGCGACUUGCGCAUAA